CGAAGGUUUGUCACAAUCCCUGCAGUUGUAUAAAAAUGUUAUCUUAACUAGCAAAACACUUGAGCUGGAUGCUUCGACAGUCGUGCGGUUAUUAAAUUGGCUGAACGUUGAGUCUGCUGUCAUUGAGCGCAUUUGUGACGGAUCGAUUUACUUCCGCUGUCUUUGAUGUGAUCCCCGUUGACAACACUGACAUUACAAUUUUGCAUAAGGUCGUCCUUUUACACUUCUUCGCCAAUACAAACAGGACUCCACAGACAGUGGUUAAAUCAAUGCUCGAAUGAUGGCGUCAUCGGAAGAUUAUACCGAAUUGUUUAAACUAAAAGAAAAUCAAAACUGGCUGAAAGUAUCGGUUGGAUUGAUCUUUACCAAAGAUGGACUUAAACCAUACGUAGAAAAGACCAUGGAAAGUUUUAAAAGAAGGCAAGGAAGCAACUGCUCCGCGUGUUCUACUGCAACCAUUGUACCAUGUAACAAGCGAAACAAAAUCUGUAGGAGUAGACCAUGCAAGCUUCAUAAUGGAGUUAAAUAUUGUCCUUGCCCGAUCAAUGUUUGUGAUGGAUUUCGAGAUUCAAUUAUAAGACAACAUAGAUUUGGAGGUCCAUCAUGGCUAAAUACAAAUGCCUGCGAUUGGUGCUCAAAUGCAUGGGAGGUGGCUAAAGCAUUUAUGCCACCAGAUGGAUAUGACACGAUCAAAACCUCUGAUGAAACAGAUUUGAACGGCGUCAUCAGUGUUCUUAUCAACUGUCGUCUUUUUGAGAAUGACAUCCCAGACCUAGCAAACCCGAUUAACGUUUGUACCAAGGUUCGGGACAUUGGAAAGAAAUUGCGCCACGCACCAAAACUUAAAGUAACGGAUGAUCAACUUAAACAAUGGUUCGGACAAAUGCGUGCUUUGCUCCUUGUGCCAAACCAUCUCGCUGCAAAUACCAAAGCGCAGGAUACCGUAAACACGUUGAACAAAUUGGAGUUGGAUCAAUUGCAAAUCGAAAGGAAGGACGCCAUGGCUGCCAUUAACGAUGUCAUCCCUCAUCCAAAGCAUCCAGACAAUGAAGACCUUGACGAAAAUGUUAUCAUGCUUAACAAAAUCAUCAAAAGCCUAUGUAACGAUAUCCUGCAAGAGGUCAGCGAAAACAAAAAGUUACAAAAUGGGGUCGUUGAUUUUAUAAAAACAGGAUCGAAGCCCCUAGCAUGGUUAUUCCAAAAACUGUUGUCAAAGUCCAUGACUACACAUGUUACAAAUCGCUCCAAAUACACAAUCUAUGCGAAGUACAGUUUUAAUGGACCUGAAGUCAACAUUGCAAACCAGAAAGCAGAAGCGAGUGCAACUGCUGUCGUCGGAGGGGCAUAUGGAGCAAAUGGCAUCAUUGGUCGCGGAUUAGAAUAUUCGGCAGCUGCAGCAUUUAGGACAAUUGCCCCAGGUGCCCAUAUGGCGUUCGAAUAUCCUACUACAAUCAAAGAUGCCGUGUAUAUCUGGAUCUACUACGUCGAUGAAAACAGUGAAAAGCAAUGGGUUUGCGAGGGGCUUCCAAAGAGACCGGAUUACAGUGUCUUCGUUGAUCAAGAUGGCAAAGUACAAAAUGCUAAGCAUGGAACACUUUCCGAACCAGCAGAUAAAAAAUGAUAUAACACAUAUUUUUGAAGUGAGAGGAGCAUAUUCACUCGAUAUAUACAUAUAUUUUUCAAUAUAACCAAUUCAAAUUAUAAAUCAUUCUUUUACAAGAAAAUGGUUCUAGCACGUACAAUAGGCAUUGAAAUUGCCUGAAUUUAUUACGAUCGUUAACUAGACGAGUUCGUCAAAUGCAAGACAACAAAACACUUCUCUGUAAUCAAAGCUAUCAAUUUCAUAGCUUUUUCAAUGAUAAUUCAACAUUAAGUAUUACGCACUUAUGGCGUUCGUAUUUUCGAACGUGUUUGUCCCUGCCGUUUAGUAUGUUCACGUUAUUUGCUAAAAGAAAGUAUGGGUCAAACACAACUACAAGUUCUCAAUAAAUUACAGUAGAAUAAUUCAAAUUAUAACGCAAAAUGGAAGAUCUUAGAUGUUAUUGUUUUAUGUACCCUCCAUUCAAACAAAAUAAUUUUUCGUCAUUAGAGCUGUUUGCAUGUAUGAUUUUUGUGCUCAUUUUGUGAUUUUGUUUAAUUUUUGGUUUGUCCAUUUAAAUGGCAUAACAAAAUCCACAUGUUUGUGGGUGAGUUUGUACACGAUUAAGAGACUUGAUUACUUUGUACUUGUUCGCCAGUGAGUUCGUACUCUAUUAAGAGACCUUAUUAAUGUGUACGUGUUUGCCAGUGAGUACGUACUCUAUUAAGAGAACUUAUUAAUGUGUACGUGUUUGCCAGUGAGUUCGUACUCUAUUAAGAGACCUUAUUAAUGUGUACGUGUUUGCCAGUGAUUUCGUACUCUAUUAAGAGACCUUAUUAAUAUGUACGUGUUUGCCAGUGAGUUCGUACUCUAUUAAGAGACCUUAUUAAUAUGUACGUGUUUGCCAGUGAGUUCGUACUCUAUUAAGAGACCUUAUUAAUGUGUACGUGUUUGCCAGUGAUUUCGUACUCUAUUAAGAGACCUUAUUAAUGGGUACGUGUUUGCCAGUGAGUUCGUACUCUAUUAAGAGACCUUAUUAAUGUGUACGUGUUUGCCAGUGAGUUCGUACUCUAUUAAGAGACCUUAUUAAUGGGUACGUGUUUGCCAGUGAUUUCGUACUCUAUUAAGAGACCUUAUUAAUGUGUACGUGUUUGCCAGUGAGUUCGUACUCUAUUAAGAGACCUUAUUAAUGGGUACGUGUUUGCCAGUGAUUUCGUACUCUAUUAAGAGACCUUAUUUAUGUGUACGUGUUUGCCAGUGAGUUCGUACUCUAUUAAGAGACCUUAUUAAUCGUGUUUGCCAGUGAGUUUGUACACUAUUAAGAGACUUUAUUACUAUGUACGCGUUUGCCAGUGAGUUUGUACCCGAAGACAUAAUUAAAAAUGUGUUUGCCUUUGAAUUUGUACCAUAUUGCGAUUUGUAUUACUAUAUGUAUGCCCCCCUUCGAAGAAGAGGGGUAUAUUGCUUUGCACAUGUUGGUCGGUAGGUCGGUCGGUAGGUCGGUCGGUCGGUCCGUCGGUACACCAAAGUGUGUCCGAGUGAUAACUCAGCCAUUCCUAGACGUAUGGUCUUCAAACUUGACAUGAAGAUUGGACCUGACCAGUGGAUGACCUCUAUUAUUUUAAGGGCUCGUCGGAUCAAAGGUCACAGUGACAUUUAAUGGUAAAAUAAUUUUAAAGCUUGUCCGAGUGAUAACUCAACAAUGCCUACACCUAUGGUCAUCAAACUUGAUAUGGAAGUUGAGUCUGACCAGUAGAAGACCCAUAUUGUUUUUAGGGGUCAUCGGUCCAAAGGUCAAGAUCACAGUGACCUUGAAUGGUAAAAGGUUGUCCGGGUGAUAACUCGACAAUACCUGCACCCAUGGCUCUCAUACUUGAUUUGGAGGUUGGGCCUGACCAGUAGAAGACCCAUAUUGUUUUUAGGGGUCAUCUGGCCAAAAUUCAAGGUCACAGUGACCUUGAAUGGUAAAAGGAUGUCCGGGUGAUAACUCGACAAUGCCUGCACCCAUGGACCUCAUGCUUGAUUUGGAGGUUUGGCCUGACCAGUAAAUGACCCCUGUUGUUUUGAGGGGUCAUCGGGCCAAAGGUCAAGGUCA